AUGAUUUUUAUCGAUCACCAUUUAUUAAUCGAAAAGAUUAAAGAUGAUUAUUUAAAAGAUAAAGUUAUUUCAAUAUCAGUUGAUCAAUCGAGUAUUCCUGAAGGCAUAGUACAUUAUUCUGCCUAUAUUUUAAAUAAGUUUUGUCGAAAGUUUUUAGAUGUUGAUAAUAAUAAUAUUCAAGUUCAUUUAUAUCAUCUAAAUAUGGUUCAUGAAAAUAACAUAUUUAAUAAAACUAUAAAUGGGGAUGAUAUGGAUCAAGUCAGUAGCGGUAGUUCAGAAAACUUAUCAUCUUCAAAAAAUUGGAUGCUGCCUUCCUAUGCUUUUCAUAAUUUGUGGGAUACUUUAGUUUUUGAUUCUCAUAUCAAAAAUGAUCUAUUAGAUUAUGCAUAUACCACUAUACUUUUUUCACGUCACAUGAUAGAUACUACUAUUAUUAGUUGGAACAAAGUUAUUUUGCUUCACGGACCUCCAGGAACUGGAAAAACAUCUUUAAGUAAAGCACUUUGUCAGAAAAUUACUAUAAGAAUGUCAGAAGUUUACUCUUACGGUUAUUUAGUUGAAGUCAAUAGCCACUGUUUAUUUUCCAAGUGGUUUUCAGAGAGUGGGAAAUUAGUUCAGCGAUUGUUUCAAAGGAUUAAUGAUUUAGUUAUAGAUUCCCAAGCACUAGUAUUUGUAUUGAUUGAUGAAGUGGAAAGCUUGGCCUUAGCCAGAAAUACGUCUGUUUCCAAUUCUGAACCAUCGGAUGCAAUAAGAGUUGUCAAUGCCAUUCUUACCCAAAUAGACCAAAUUAAAAGACAUCCAAACAUAAUGAUAUUGACAACCUCUAAUUUAAGCGAUGUCUUGGAUAUAGCUUUCCUUGAUAGGACUGAUUUGAAAAUCUACAUAGGAGUUCCAUCUGUUGAUGCAAUAUUUCACAUUUAUAGAACUUGCAUGAUUGAAUUAAUGAAAGUCGGAAUAAUAAAACCAAAAUUGACAUUGGUGGACUUAAAAUGUCUCCGAAUAAUGCAUUUCCAAGAACAAUUGUCGACGACUCACAGCAUAAGGCUAUAUGAUAUCAGUAAAAUAAGCGAAGGAUUCAGUGGUAGGACCCUAAGAAAAAUACCGUUUUUAGCACAUGCACUAUAUCUUAAAAAAAAUGUGUGCACGAUGGAUGAAUAUUUAAAAGCCCUAGAGUCCACCAUCUGGCUUAAGCACAAAGAAGAAAAAACAUCAUCGAAAAAAGAAUUGAGUACGAAGAUUAAUCUGCCAUUCCAAAAUAAAACACCGUGCUAUUUUCGUAAUCGUUUCAUGCUAUUCGGAAUAGUAACAGAACAAAAUACUAUACAGUUUUAUAAACCAGACCUCGAGUUAAUAUUAGAAACAGAUGCAUCUAACCAAGGAUUUGAUGAUAAUGGUAACAAAUUUCUAAUAGCUUACACCUCAAGAACUUUACAAGCUGAAUAG